CUGAGCUUGUCUCAAUGCCUCAUGCACGAAUUCCUCACAAACCUUUGCGACAAACGAACAACCGCACCCAAAACCGACCCAGGAGGCUAGCCAGGCGCGACGACCAAGACCACGAACACAGCUGUGCCUGCGAGCGUGUGCAAGUGUAGGAGUGUGUGAGUGUGUGAGUGUGUGUGUGUGUGAGCUUGUGAGUGUGUGUGUGUGUGUGUGUGAGUGUGUGAGAGAGGUUGUCUGUAACCUGUCUCAUAGAUCAGCAACAAGGCGAAUAGGCAGGCAGUAACGUACUACGGCUUCCCUGCCCACAGCAACGACUAUGAACAGUGGGCACCUUCACCUUCGCCAUGGAGGCCGAGCGCUGCGGGCCAGAGCUCGCGUGGCGCUUGCCCUUCUCGCAGUUGUGGUCGCGGCCCUGAGUGUCAGCGGGCAACAACAGCAGUACGAAGCGCCCCAGGCAUGGGCGAACGACAUCAGCUCCACCACCCCCAGCCAGCUGUCGUUUGGCGACUUCUUCUCCGUCGACGCCGCGACGUUCUUCUCCACCAUCUACCAGCAGGACACGUUUGUGGACAACACGGUUCGCCAGGCGCAGCUGCUGCCGGCGCUGGACCAGGUGGUUGCGCCACUCGGCGACGUCGAUGCCCUCUGCCGCGCCUUUGAGAACCAAGACAAGCAGACUGGCGGCUUUCACAUGAAGGAGCAAGGCGAGACACGGCAGGUGUCCUCGUGCAAGCAGAUGGAGGACGAGCUGGCCGCAGGCGCUGGCUUGCUUAUCCGCUACGAGGACCUCGUGGACUUCCCCGCAGAGGACAACGUCAAGCAGCUGCAGGAAGGCGUGCGCGACGUGUUUGGCACAGAGUCCACCGUGCACCUGUACCACGCCACGCAGAACGAGUCGCGCGCCCUCAUGCCGCACACAGACCCCUACGAUGUCCUCGUGAUUCAGCUUCACGGCUCAAAGCGCUGGACAACCUGCAUCCCAGACGCAUACGCCACCAGCGGCAGCGACGACACCACGGAGGACCACAGCGACAGCCACCCCGAUGAGAAAGCUGCUUCGUCCAGCAACGGCCAACAACAGCACGGCCACGGCGAGGCAGAGACCAUCAAGCAGUUCAACCCGGCCCAGCUGGGCCAGCUGCAGGAGAUCCGGCGCCAGAAGCAAGAAGGGUGCACGCGCUACGAGGACAGGGACCUGCGCGGCAUGCGCUGCAACGAGUUCACGCUGCGUGCCGGCGACACCAUGUACAUGCCCAAGGGCAUCAUCCACUACGCCGUGUCUGGCGCAGAGGGCUCAUCCCACCUCACCAUCUCGCUGGAGCGCAGGGGCCUGGCGUGGGCCGAUGCGCUCGUGUACGCCGCACACGCCGGCGCAGACAUUGUGGACAACACGGCCUUCACCAAGCACUGGCAGCGGGCGCUGCAGUCGCUCAUCAGCGACUACCGCGGCGUGCAGCUGCUGGAGGCCAUGCCGUCCUGGCACCUCAACACGGGCGCGCUGUGCCCGAGCCACGACGCCACCAAGGAGAAGGACGAUGGCACGAGCGAGGAGGGCACGACCGGCGGUGAGGAGGGCGAGGAGCUUACGGCUUUUAUUGGGUCGUUCAUGGCCCAGUGCGAAGCGAUGCAGCCGCACGUGCUCGAGUCGUACACCACGGCCAACGACCUGGAGGCGUUCCUCAACCCGGACGGCAUCGAGGCGCUGGCUGACCGCGUGUGCAGCGAGGACACGGCCCGGGCCGUCGUCAGCGAGCUCUGUGCACAGGGCAAGAUGCCCGUGGACGUGACGUCCCCGUUCUUCCGCAUCCAGGCACUCAGGGAGCGUCGGAGGAGGAAUACUGUGAGAGCAUCGUACACGUGUGAUUCAAACUGCAACACGGGCUGCGACGGGCAAUCAUGUUCGAACUGCGACGACAACUGCAACUCAGGCUGCGACGACGACUGCAACGAAUGCGAUGCAAGCUGUGAUGGCUGCAACGGACAAUCGUGCACAGGAUCAUGCGAUGAGAGCUGCGACAGAUGCCUCGGCUCGUGUGACACCAGCUGCGAUGAAGUCACUGGCUGCAUCUGCGACGACUCGUGCAACAGCAACUGCAACGCUGAUUGUAACGCCGGCUGCGACAGCAGCUGCACCCCCACGGGCUGUAACUUCAACUGCGACAGCUCCUGUGAUGGGCCGUGUGACGCUGGCUGCGAUGACAGUUGCGACGCUGGCUGUGAUACAUGCGUGGGCAUCAGCUGCGAUGACUCGUGUGAUGGCUCGUGCUCGUGCAAUGCCGGCUACGCUGGCAGCGGCAUGUCGUGCAGCGCGUGCAACACACCGUACUACAGCCCAAGCGCGGGCGCCAGCUCCUGCACCCCGUGUGGCUCGUGCUCGUCUGGGCAGUACCGUGCCAACUGCGGCGGCACCAGUGGCGGCACGUGCACCUCGUGUGCAUCGUGCCCAGCAGGGCAGGAGCGACGAGGCUGCUCCGGCACAAGCCCAGGCGGCUGCGCCAACUGCAACUCAGGGACAUACAAGACGACGCAAGGAACGCACAGCUGCAGCGCGUGUGGCAGCUGCAGUGCUGGUUACUACCUGUCGGGCUGCGGCGGCACAAGCGCGGGCUCCUGCGUCGGCAUUGCGUGCACGACGCCCCCGACGGUCAACCACGCUUCAUUUACAACAAGCAACAGCCGCAAGUACCCGAGCACGGCAACGUACACGUGCGCCACGGGCUACCUGAUUGAGAGCAACGACAAGCUGUCGUGCAAGACAGAUGGCUCGUGGAGCGGUGUCACGCCGCACUGCAUUGGUGUUCCAUGCCAGGAGCUCGCCCUGGAUCACGGCUCCGUGUCGCCAUCGGGCGUCAUUCGCCAUCCAAACACUGCAUCGUUCAGCUGCGAGGUUGGAUAUGAGCUGACAGACACGGCGCCCGCCAGAUGCCAGGCAGACGGCACGUGGUCUGCGGUGCCCAGCUGCGUUGGCCGCCUGUGCGAGUCGCUGGCCAUCCCCAACCACGCCAGCGUGUCGUACAGCAACAACCGCCUGUACCCGACCACGGCCACCUACACGUGCGACCCCGGCUACGAGAUCAGCACCGGGGAUGCGCAGCGGCAGUGCAUUGCCAGCACGGGCGCCUUUGGCGGCACAGAGGCAACGUGCAUUGGCAUCACGUGCAACACCCUGACGCCACCAGACCACGGCAGCAUCACCUCCAUCACCAACAACGGCAGGUACCCGGCACAGGCGGCGUACGCGUGCGACCCGGGCUACGAGCCCGUCGGCGCCAGCACCACCAUCGACUGCCAAACAGAUGCGAGCUGGAGCCCCGAGCCGCCCACGUGCCGCGGCGUGCUGUGCGCCGAUCCAAACAUCGCCAACGCGCAGACCACGCGAUCAUCUGAGCGCUACCCUGCUGAUGCAACAGUGGCGUGCGACCCCGGGCAUGGCAUGGCUGGCCCUGUUGAGCUGACGUGCAGCACCGCGGGCACAUGGGGCGAGCUGCCCACGUGCACGCAGUGCCCCGUGGACACAUACCCACCGACGCCCACGGAGGCGUGCGUGUCGUGCCCAGCCGGCACAUCCACCAACGGCCAAGCUGGCGCGAACCAGUGCGAGUGCAUUCCCGGCUACGAGCCGAGUGGCGAUGGCCUCACAUGCGUCCCCUGCCGUGACAACUUCUUCAAGGGAGAGUGUGGCAAUGCCAUGUGCGAGCCAUGUGCGGCCGGCUACCAGACGGAGAACAGCGACUUUACCCAGUGUGUCGGCGUUCCGUGCGAUCCAAGCUUUGCGUCAUGUUUUGGGGAUCCCACGAGCACAGAGAGCGUGCGCUACCCGGCCGUCAUCCCGUAUGUGUGCGAGCUCGGCUUCCACGCCGUGGACGACCUGGACACCAUCACCUGCAACACAGACGGCACAUGGACACAGACCUGCAACACAGACGGCACAUGGACACAGAUCCCGUCCUGCACAUACACAUGCGUGUGCAUGAUUGUUGAAGGGGAGGAGUGCGAUGACGGCGAUUCCAUGGGCGGCGACGGGUGCUCCGCAGACUGCAAGCUGGAGGACACGCACGCGUGCAUUGAGCAGGGCAAGGACUGCGUGUACUGCAACUUCACGUCGCGGCCAGAGCCACUCGCCCUGGCGUGCGACGACCCGGACUUUGCCUUCAAGGUGGACGCGUGGGCAAGCAUUGCGGGCUCGGCAGACGUGCUGGACCACGAGCACUGCGGCUCGCCCACGUUCACGUACAUGAGCACAAACCACACGGCAGGGCACCUGCCCAACUGCUACAAGCGGCUGUUUGACUUCCACGCCGUCUUCAACGACGGCAAGGUGGACGAGAUCGUGCUUGGGCGGCUGACGGUGACGGACAACAACACGCCAUGGUUUGCCACGGUGCCGGAGCGCAACGUGAGUGCGGAGUGCCACGUUGUGCCGCCGGUGGCCAACCUGACGGCACCAGACGUGUGCAUCCCGGACGGCGGGGCGCGGGUGACGGCGACGCAGACGCGCGUGGACGGCCGCUGCCCGUACGAGUACACACUGCAGCGCACGUGGGUGGCAGACGACGGGUGCGGCAACACCAACAGCACGCAGCAGGUGGUGAGCGUGUUUGACAGCACGGCGCCCGUGUUUGACGCGGAGCUGGCGGACCAGACGUUGGAGUGCGGCGCAAACGUGACGCGGGACGUGGCGGCGGUGAUGCAGCGGAACGCGCGCGUGCAGGUGACGGACAACUGCAGCCCGACGCUGACGAUGGAGACGGAGAUGCUUGGGCUGAGCCUUGCGCAGUGUGGCGGGACCGGCGACGUGCGGUUCCGCGUGACGGCGACGGACCAGUGCGGCCUCUCCUCGCAGCAGGACGUGCACAUUGCGAUUGAGGACACGCAGCCGCCCGUGGGCGCCAACGUGCCCGCCAGCGUGACUGCGGAGUGCAGCGCGGUGCCGCCGCUUGCGCCGGGCGUGUUUGCCGUGGACGCGUGUGGCGAGCGCAGGUACGACGCCGUGACGGCGGAGGAGCGGGUUGACGGCGCGUGCGCACACGCGUAUGUGCUGCGGCGCACGUUCACCUUCACGGACGUGUGCAGCAACAGCAUCACAUAUGUGCAGAACGUGACGGUGCGCGACACGACGGGCCCGCGCAUCACGCGGCAGCCGGACCCGCUUCGGCUGGAGUGCGAUGGCGAGGACAACGAGGCGGUGAUCCAGGCGUGGCUGGACGCGCACGGCGGGGCAGAGGCCGAGGACAAGUGCAGCAGCGCGGACCAGAUCACGUGGCACCACGACUACGAGCGGGUGCAGUCGCUGUUUGAGCAGACGUGCCGGGACGUUGUGAACGUGACGUUCAUGGCCGUGGACGACUGCGGGCAGGGGACACCCGUGAGCGCCGCGAUUGUGCUGACGGACACGCGUCCGCCCGUGUUCCUGGAGGAGGCCGAGGAUCAGAUGGUGACGUGCGAUGUGGCGGUGACGAUGCCCGCACCACGGGCGUACGACAACUGCACGGGCGAGAUUGAGGCGACGUACACGGACGCACGCAUGGACGGGGCGUGCCCGUUCCAGUACGGCGUGGUGCGCACGUGGGUUGCGGUGGACGGCUGCGGCCUCAACGCCACCACCAAGCACGCGCUCACCGUGACAGACAACAUCCCGCCGGUCAUCAGCAAGCCCGCCGUGGACACGGUGGUGGAGUGUGUGGCGGAGAACAACACGCGCGCGCUGCAGAUGUACCUGGAGGCGCACGGGUACGCGGAGGCGCGGGAGCCGUGCGGGGAGGUGGCGUGGUUCUACUCGGACCGCUCCGUGCAGCUGGACGAGACGAGCGGGCCGCUUGCGUCGCAGGACGUCAACACGACCGGCGGGUGCUCGACGACGUUCACGGCGGACGUGACCUUCUAUGCGGUGGACGAGUGCAACAACGUCGCGCCGACGUCGGCGACGUUCACCAUUGCGGACCGUGUGGGCCCCGUGCCCGUGGACACGCUGCCCGCUGUGCUGCCUGCGUCGUGCGACGCGGUGCCGGGCAUCCCGGACCUGCGCAUGCGGGACGCGUGCUCGACCAAGGAGACGGUGGUGAGCGGGUUUGAGGAGCGCGUGGACGGGCGGUGCCCGCACACGUACGACCUGAAGCGGACGUGGCUGGCGGAGGACGACUGCCUCAACACGGGGACGGCGCAGCAGACGGUGGAGGUCUCCGACACGACGGGCCCGCGCGUGGUGCAGGCGCCGACAGACCUGCAUGUGGACUGCAACGGCGAGACAGACGCGCAGGUGCAGGCGUGGCUGGACACGCACGGCAACGCGAUGGCGGUGGACAACUGUGACGAGAACAGCGCGGACCUGACGUGGACGCACAACUACGAGGAGGUGCGGCGCACGCUGCAGCGCGGGUGCGGAAACAACAACGUGACGGUGACGUUCACGGUGCGGGACCUGUGCGGCAACCCGACGAGGACGACGGCGCAGCUGAUUGUGGCGGACACGACGCCGCCGUUCUUCACGCGGCUGCCGUCGCACGCGCAGCACCAGUGCGACGCGGACACGAACGAGGACGUGCUGCAGGCGUUUAUUGAGAUGAACGGCGGGGCGGUUGCCGCGGACCUGUGCUCGGCAACGCACGACCUGGCGUGGACGCACAGCAUCGAGGAGACGACGACGUGCGGCAUGGCGGCAAACCUGACGGUGCGGUUCACGGCGACAGACCGGUGCAACAACAGCGCGAGCGCGUCUGCGGUGAUUGCGUUUGUGGACACGGAGAAGCCGCACAUUGAGCUGUACGGAGACAACCCGAUGGUGGCGGACUACGGGUACACGUGGCUGGACCCCUCUGUGCGGCUGGCGACGGACCGGUGCCACUCGGAGGUCACGGCACAGGUGUCGUCGCAGGACAACGUGAACACGUCAGCGAUUGGCGACUACACGGUGGUGUACCGCGUUGCGGACCCCUGCGGGCACGUGCAGACGGCGACGCGCACGGUGGAGGUGCGGGACACGGAGCCGCCGAAGAUCCGCGGGAUUGGGCCGCAGGUGCUGUUUAUCCGGGAGGGCACGGUGUACGUGGACGAGGGCGCGACGGCGUGGGACAACUACUGGCCCACGGUGAAGCUUGACGGGUUUGUUGUUGUUAACGGGAUGGAGCAGACGAACCUGACGGCGUCUGCCUCUAUUGCGGGGAGCGAGUCGUUCACGGUGACGUACAGGGCUGUGGACGGCAGCGGGAACGAGGGCGUGCGGCACGUGCGCACGGUGUUUGUGCUGCCGCCGCCCGACCACGGCACGGCGACGGCGACGGCGACGUUUGUGUUUGACACGGCGCUGUCUGUGCGGCGCAUUGAGCCGGCGGCGCGCACGGCGAGCGGGGGCGCGUACUAUGUUGUGCGGGCUGUUGUGACGAGCCCGACGGAGCGGGUGGUGCCGCGGCGGCUGCGGCUGCAGUUUGGCGGGGAGAUCCACGGGUACGCGGAGGAAGGCACGAUUGCGCGCGCCGAGGCCGGCACGGGGGACGACGGGCACGAGGUGCAGGUGAUCCUUGGUGAGCAGGCGGGCGACGGUGUGCGGGCGGCGCAGGAGCUUGAGAGCGUGCUUGCGACGGGCGCGACUGCGGUGCGGGUGGUGUCGUUCCACGGCUCGACGCUGCGCAACCCGUGGUUCUGCGGCGGGGUGACGCUGGUCGACGACAUCCUGAGCCGGGAGGGCCGCACGGUUGUGGACGCGCAGUGCGACGGGUGCCUGUGCACGUAUGUUGCGCGGCAGCCGUCGGCCGGGGACGAGUUUGAUGUGCCGCGGCUGGAGGCGAGCAUGCAGUGGCACGUGACGGUGCGUGCGCUGCGCGCUGGCGAGGACAUUGACCUUGACCACCUGAAGGAGAAGCUGGUGCAGUUUGGCGUUGUGCCCGUGCGCGUGCAGCACGGUGGUGGAGGGGCGAAGGACGUGGCGACGUUUGUGACGCGGUCGCGGGUGCCGGGCGGGCCGAACGCGCUGUGGCCUGCGCGGGUGUCUGUUGUGUCUGUGCAGCCUGUGGUUGCCACGCAGCUUGUGCUUGAGGUGAGUUCCGGGGUGCGCAACGUGACGCUGCUGAGCUCGCUGUAUGCGGCGCGCAUUGUGCCUGAGACGGUAGAGUUUGCGCCUGUGCUGGGGCGGCCCGCGCGGGCGACGCUGACGCUGACGACGCACAACGACGUGACGGAGUUUGUGUUGCUGACGCUGGCGGAUGUUGGGUCGUCGUGGAUGCACCGGCUUGUGUCUGUGUCGUAUGUGGCGCCGACGGCGACGGCGACGCCGUCCUGGCCCUUCAACUACACGCUGUGCGCAUCCGACGACGCGCAGCCGGAGGAGAUGUGGUCCGUGUGGGACACAGUGACGGCUGCACUUGGGCUGCGCACUGAGGUGGACUACACGGUGUACUCGUUUGGCGUGAAUGCCACGUGCUUUGGGGUGGCAACACAGCAGCCGCUUGCCACCGACGUCACGUCACAGCUGCUGCACGUCGGCAACUUCAGCCGCGUGGACUUGACGACAGACAACUCCGUUGAUGCCGCCAUCCACAGCAGCUUCCAGCAGCAGCUCAUGGAGCGCCUGCCGUUCCCUGCGUCGAGCAUGAUGUUCUCCAUGGACAGCGAGGGCGCGUCACAGUCCCUGCGUCGCGACUCGCAGCUGUCCAUCACGGUCACGUUCACGGAUCCGCCCGAGCCCACGCUGCUCGCUGGUGGUUCGCCCGGGUACGUGAUCCCAGACACACGCUACUCGCUGCAGUUUGAAGUGGACACCACAACAGAUGACCUGCCCACCACCACAACCAGCACAACCACAACCACAACCACAACCACAGCCGCAACGACGACCAUCACAACCACGGCUGCCGGUGCUGGUGGUGCUGGCAACAGUACGAUCACAAACUCUACAGCGAUCACUACAACCAAUUCGACUUCCGCGUCAAACGCAACAGCUAUCUCCACUACGCUUGAGGACGUGGUUCGGUCGCGUGCGCUGCGGGCGCUGAAUGACAUUGGCAUUCCCAUCGUCGACAUUUCCAUCGACGGAACGAAGGUCUUUGCUGUGGCUGUUGAGUUCCCUGCUUCGCACCUUCUGGACCUCAACGACCACCCAUAUGUCAAGAACGCAACCUUGCGCAUUCCUCUGACGCUCAACUCUGCGCUGACUGCGGAGGACGCUGUUGAGGUUGCACUGCAGCUGGUGCAGAGCGGCAUCGUGGCUGGUGAGUGGAAUGGCUACGUGUUCACGCCCACGGCUGUGGAGAGCCCCUUCACCACAACGUCCACGACAACGACAACAACAACCACGACAACAACGACGACGGCCAGCACAACUACCACUGCCGAGAACAGCACGACGCUGAGUGGCCCCACGACCACCGCGGGGAGGAAAUUCGAGGCAUCCUCAUCCACAGCUGCUGCGCAGUGGCAGAUUGCCGCUGGUGUUCUUGGUGGUCUUGUUCUGCUUGGGGCGUUUGUUGCGUUUGUGAUUGUUCGUCGCCGCACGUCUGUUGGAGCCAGCUCUGGCGCUGCGCCCUCGAAGCAGCGCGAAACUGUCUCCUUCACCAACCCAGUGUACGAGGACGCAACUGCCAUGCAGCAGGAUGACGGGCUGUACGAUGAUGUUCCGGAUGAUGCCCAGCAGCAGGAGCAGCUGUACGACGAGCCUGCUGCGCUUCACGAUCCAGGCCACGCCGUGUUCAACCCCCUUUACAGCGCCAUGUCGACGGACAACAUGUUUGAGGAAGACAGCGACACGGAGGAUGUGGCAGAUCACGAGGCCGGGUACCUGGACGUGGGCGCUGACGUGGACGGAGCCGACGGUGGCGAAGAGCCCACGUAUGCUGCCGCCGAUCAUGACGCCACUGGUUUCGAUGGAUUUGGCGGUUACGACACCGACGAGUGAUUGCUGUGAACUGGUGGCUCGCCCUGUUGUGCCACGCACCCUCAAAAUCGUUUUCAGCAGCGAGUGUGCAUUGUUGUGCGUCCGUGUGCUUUUUGUUUUCCUUGCUGCCGCCACCGUUGUCACCCACCCUCUUGAUGCCUGGCUUGGUUGAUUGGUUUUACCCUUGCCUUCUGGUUUGUCUGUUGAUUUUGAACCGGCCCAAGCCAUGUUCGACGUGCUGCUGUGCUGUUGUCUUGUGUGCACGUGACCUUGCCCACCACCCUGGCAUGUUUGUGUAUUACUUUUUGUGCGGCUCGCAGCCACCGUUGCAACUGUUGUUGUUCGGGGCGCCUUUUCCUACCACGCACAAUCCCUGUUCCUUUGGACGCUGUGUUUCUUCUGGCGCCUGCCGCCCUUGCUCUGCUUGCGUUCACCAUUGCACGAAACGCCCAUGCUGCGC